AUGGCCGAGGAUUGGGACUUGGUGGUCGUAGGCGCCGGCUGGUUUGGCCUGGCAGCCGCAAAAGUAUAUCAUGAGCUUCAUCCCGAGGAGUGUUUGCUUGUCACAGAAGCGGAAAACAGCUGUGGUGGCACCUGGGGCGCCGGACGAAUCUAUCCUGGCUUGAAGUCUAAUAAUUUAUAUGGCACGUAUGAAUACCCGGACAUGCCAAUGAAUGAAGCCAUCUACGGGGUCAAGUUUGGAGAGCACAUUCCUGGCGGCGUGCUUCAUCAGUAUCUGACAGACUGGGCCAAGAAGCACAACUUCUUCGACCUGAUCCCCUUCAACACACGGGUUGUGGAGCUUGAACCUGUUGGUCAGGGUUGGAAGUUGAAGCUGGACAACUCGCAAAAGGGCGAGUACUCGCUAACAACCAAGAAAAUCAUUCUUGCCACCGGCCUGACCUCAACGCCUAACUUUCCCCAGUACAAGGGUCUUGAGCAGUUUCGAGGCCCUUUCUUCCACGCCAAAGUCUUUUGCCGCCUGGGCGAUACGGCCAACACUGCGAAAACCGUGACAGUCGUAGGUGCUGCCAAGUCCGCGUACGAUGUCGCUUGGGCGUAUGUCAAUGCCGGAGCCACUGUUGACCUGGUCAUUCGACCAACCGGCAACGGACCAGUCUGGGUAGCGCCUCCGUGGGUAAUGGGUGGAACCAAGAGGCUCGAGAAGCUGCUGCACCUCCGAUAG